UAUUUUGAUGAGGAUGAUGGGUGACGGCUCUUAAAUAGAACCUCCUCGUGCACGACCGAAUCACGUGUCCCUAUACGCCAGCUGCACCUUCGCGAGUUACCGGCAAGUGGAGUGUGUGUUGAUGUUGUAAACCGGUAACGGGGCGUCCCGCGGAGGGCUUGCCAUUGCAACAAUAGUGUAUAAAAGAAAUGAAGAUGACACGCCGUUGAACACGCCGGAAAGAUGCGGGGCUUGAGUUUGCUCCUGUUCAUAACUGUGGCUAGUGAUGCAACGACUGACCUUUACGUGACAGGAGCAUCGCUGCCGCCAGAGCUGGAGGUAAGCGCCGCACCUGCCGUCACAUCCCCCGUCACCUCCCGCUAUAUUCCAGAAGAGUACGGACAUCCCGGGAUUGCGCUCGCCCGGUCUGCGGAGGAACCGGCGGCGCCGAGCACGGAGGACGGAGAGUCGUCGUCUCACCACCACGGAGGAGGUUACAAGAUAGUGCAGUGGGAAUGGAGCUACGUGCAAACACCUUACAUUAUAGCCAGCUGGCUUUUGGUGGCCAGUGUGGCGAAAAUACUAUUCCACUUCUCUCAGCGUUUCACCACAGCGGUCCCAGAGAGCUGUAUGCUGAUUCUGCUGGGUCUGGUUCUGGGUGCAGUGGUUCUUAUCGCCAGCAAGAAGCAGCCGUACCAACUGGACCCAGGACUUUUUUUCCUCUUUCUCCUGCCAACUAUAGUGGGGGAUGCUGGGUAUUUUAUGCCAGCACGGCUCUUUUUCGACAACCUGGGUGCCAUUUUGAUGUAUGCUGUGGUAGGCACGUUGUGGAACGCCUUCUGCACUGGAUUCUGUCUCUAUGGAGUCAAGAUGGCAGGGGCCAUAGGUGAGCUAUUAUGGGAUGUCUUAAAUGCAGGUUUGAUGGAUUUCUUGUUGUUUGGAGCUCUGAUCUCGGCUGUGGAUCCUGUAGCAGUGCUCGCUGUGUUUGAAGAAGUCCAUGUGAAUGAGACACUCUUCAUCAUUGUCUUUGGCGAGUCACUGCUCAAUGAUGCUGUCACUGUGGUCUUAUACAAAGUGUACAUAUCCUUUGUGGAAGUGGGACCAGGAAAUGUUUACACUGCAGACUAUUUUAAAGGAAUUGCAUCCUUCCUCAUUGUCAGUAUUGGAGGGACUUUGGUUGGUCUCAUCUUUGCUGUUAUUCUGGCCUUUGUCACUCGUUUUACGAAGAAAGUGCGCAUCAUAGAGCCACUGUUCGUCUUCCUGUUGGUUUACCUGGCCUACCUGACGGCAGAACUCUUCUCUCUGUCCGCUAUUCUAUCGAUGACUUUCUGCGGCAUUGGCUGCAACAAGUAUGUGGAGGCCAAUAUAUCCCAGAAGUCCCGGACCACCGUGAAGUACACCAUGAAAACCCUGGCCAGCAUUGCAGAGACGAUCAUCUUCAUCUUUUUGGGUAUCUCCGCUGUGGACAAGUCCAAAUGGGCCUGGGACACUGGCCUUGUUGUCAGCACACUCAUAUUUAUCUUAGUCUUCAGGGCUGUGGGUGUUGCAGGACAGACUUGGUUCCUGAACUGGUUCAGGCUGGUUCCCCUGGAAAAGAUUGAUCAAGUGAUGAUGUCAUACGGCGGUCUCCGAGGUGCUGUGGCUUUUGCUCUGGUGGUACUUUUAGAUAAAGAACAGGUGAAGGCUAAAGACUACUUUGUGGCAACAACCAUAGUUGUGGUUUUCUUCACAGUCAUGUUUCAGGGUUUAACCAUCAAGCCUUUAGUGAAAUGGUUGAAAGUGCCUCGCAGCACAAACAGAAAACCCACCAUUAACGAAGAGAUCCACGAGCGUGCCUUUGACCACAUUCUGACAGCUGUGGAGGACAUUGCCGGUUUGAAUGGAUACCAUCAUUGGAGGGACAAGUGGGAGCAAUUUGACAAGAACUAUUUGAGCAAGUUGCUGUUGAGAAAGUCUGUGUACCAUAAGAGUGAACUGUGGGAGGCCUAUCAGAAAAUCAACAUCAGAGAUGCCAUCAGUGUCAUUGAUCAGGGUGGGAAUGUGUUGACCUCUGCAAGACUCUCUCUGCCUUCCAUGGCCAGCAGAACCUCUUUUCCAGAGGUCACAAAUGUUACCAACUACCUGAGAGAAAAUGGCAGUGGGGUGUGUCUAGACCUCCAGGUGAUUGACACAGUGCCAGGAGCCAAAAUAGAGGAAGAGCUAGAGACACAUCAUGUACUUGCUGGAAACCUCUACAAACCCAGGAGACGGUACCAGUCCCACUACAGUCGGCACUUCAUGACAGUGGGUGAAAAAGAGAGACAGGACAGGGAGGUGUUCCAGAGGAAUAUGCGCAACCGUCUGGAGUCCUUUAAAUCCACUCGCUACAAGCGCCACAAGAAGGACCGCAGUCAGAAAAAGCGGAAAGGGUCAGAUGCUAAAGAGCAAGACACCAGUGACAAACCACGCCGAAAUGUCAGCUGGCAGGACAAAGACACAGUUGUGGUUCCAAUGGCGCCUGAGGAGGAUAAACAUGAUCCUUCUGAACCAGAUAAAGAUGAUGAUGUAGGCAUCACUUUUGUGGCUCGCAAAGCCCCAGAAACACCAAAGGAGAGACCAAAAUCUGUACCAGCUGCACUGGAUGUUUGUCAGAGCCCGGUCGCAGCCCCUCCAUCGCCAACAUGUGGAGAGAAAAACCUGCCGUGGAAAAGUGGCAUGGGUUCCCUCCCUCCCUGUGUGUCUGUGGAGGCAACUAAAAUUAUCCCUAUAGACCUGCUGCAAGCUUGGAACCAGAGCAUCUCCUCUCUUGAGAGCCUGGCUUCUCCUCCAGCACCUCCGGAGCCUCAGCACACACGUGUUAGCACCCUCUCGAGGCUGGGAGGACCCGUGCGGACCCCUACGAAGGGAAAAAGUGGUGGUGGUGUUUGUGCAGGAUCAGGAAGUGAUACAGGUUCAGGGCAGUUCAGGUUCCCUACAGGGAAGGAGGAAGAGGAGGAAGGCACCCUCUCUCAGCAGCAGCAGGAAAUGCAGCCCCUAAUGUCUUCUUUCAGGCCGCCGCCACCACCUCCUCCACCACCUGCCACGCAAUCCGCCAGAAAGAGAAGGAAUCCUUGUGUUUAUCUUAGAAGUCUGGUGACAGUGCCACCUUCUGGUGGGGAUCCACAAAGCAGGAGGCCCACCCAACUGUAAAAUCUCUCUCUUUCCUGUUUAUCUUUUUAAGACCCUUGAUCAUCUUACUGCAGACAUUUACCUCCUCAGGCCAGACUUUGUUUUUUUUAAGUCAGUACAUUUCUUUCUAAGAGACUAUUAAUUUGUUCUUCUUUUUUAACUCUAAUAUGUUACGUGGGUUUAGAAAUGGUUGGUAGAGUUAGCCGAGGGUCCAUUUCCUUUGUGUACAGGGCAGUUCCUUUCACACUUCCUUUUUUGUUAGUUUGAAGUGAUCUGCCCUGUAUUAUGUACCUCCGCAUAUGUGAUUGUCAAAAUGUACAACUACUGAACACAUAUAAGGCUAAACCACAUUCCAAAGGCCUACUGGGUGUGUCUGUCAAACUGUCCUCCCUCACUCAUUCACUCACAUGAAAGAAAAGAAAAUCACUUCAUGGUUACUCUUAACUUCACAGCGUUAAUCUUCAAUCAGCCUGUCCAUUUUAAACAAGAAUGAGUAGUACUGAGGUCUUCCCUUUUCAGACUGGGAUGACAAAGUUACACAUUUUCUUAUAGCACAUCACAGAAAGCACAUGAGGUUAGGGCCACAUGUCUUCAGUCACAGCCAUUAUCUCUAAAAUAUGCAUAACAGAUCCACACCCACAGCAUUGGGUGACAAAUAAUCCAUGAUGGUUGUCAUCAGGAGCAUUUAUGCUGUGUACAGGAUAUAUAAGCUUCUAUGCAGCACAUUACCUGUUCUCUGUUAUUGAGUUUUGCAAAAAAGCAAG